GCAGCAGUUUCACGAUUCGUCACUGAUACGGAUCGCAGGCAGCGGGAUGGUAAGAUGGACCAAAAUGGACGCAAUUGGAUGAAGAGAGACUUGGGGAGGCUCGUGGACACGGCGAUGGCGUAGGUAGUUGUCCGCCAAGCGCAAAGUCCUCGCGACCGUCAUCGUCGCCGUCGCCUUCGCGUGAAUCCUCGUCCUGAGAAUGUCGUGCCGUAAUCCCGACAACCUCAUGAUGAACACGAGCGAUGACGAGAGUUUCGACUACCUGUUCAAAAUCGUCCUAAUCGGCGACUGUGGCACAGGCAAGACUUGCGUGGUACAGCGCUUCAGGUCCGGAACAUUUGUUGAGCGCCACGGCAACACCAUCGGCGUCGACUUCACCAUGAAGACUGUGCUCAUAGACGGCAAGAGGGUGAAGUUACAAAUAUGGGAUACUGCAGGACAGGAAAGAUUUCGAACAAUAACACAGAGUUACUAUAGAUCUGCAAAUGGAGUAAUCGUAGUUUACGAUAUUACGAAGCGAUCGACGUUUUUAAGUUUACAACGUUGGGUGGAAGAAGUCCGGAGAUAUUCGUCGUCGCAUGUGCUACUGGUAUUAGUUGGUAAUAAAUGUGAUUUGGAGGAUUUACGCGAGGUGAAAAAAAUAGAAGCUGAAGCCUUAUGCCAAUACCUGCCGGAAGUUUUGCACGUAGUGGAGACCUCAGCCAAAGAUAAUACAAAUAUAGAUUCUAUCUUUUUUUAUCUGGCAUCGGAACUUAAGAGACGACAUGAUAAUCGCCAAAUUAGCGCGAGUGAGGAAGAAGUGGUGAAACUCGGUGUCGGUCGAAAUUUAUCUUCUUGUUCAGGUUGUUCUUACAAAAUAUUCUAAAUUUUUUAACAUAUCAUUCGAUGCGCUGGGUGAAAUUUUCAUAAGCUGAGUGUCCAGUGAUAGAUAAGAUAAAAGGCAGUCGACGAUUAUGAUAUCGUACAAUUUCGUCUGCACAUACAUUUUAAUGUUACUAUUCUUGAAAUAAUAAUUGAAAAAUUAGAAAUUAUGUGCCUCAGUAUUAUAUACCAAAAAUAUCGAAAGAUUUCCCUAAAACAUCGUAUGAAUCUUAUCUUUUUACAAAAAUUUUACUGCCUUUUAUCUUUUAUCUCUUAUUGUAGCCCGAUACAAAGUAGACUACACGUGUCCAACGUAAUUCUAUCCAUACAAUAGAAAGAUAUUCAGGUGCCAAAUUCAAGAUAUUAUUUUUCUAUUCGCGCGGAUUGGAACAGUAGCUAUUAUAUAUCUUAUCUCGGGAGACAUGAAUCUCGCAAUAAAGAUCUAAUUUUUAGAGUAAAAUAUAGAUCAUUUCUACUCCAAAAACUGGCCAAGAAGAAUACAUUUGUAUAUUUUUAUAUGCGAUUUAACAAAAAUACACACAAAUAUACACUUGCGCACACAUAUUGACACUUUACAAUAUUGCGACCUGAAAAGAUCUUAGAGUAUCUAGUGCCUUAAAAUUCAUAUUUUCGUACGCACAGAUAUUAUAUUUGCAGGAGAUUUAAAUUGCGAGUGGUAACUUAAUGUGUUUUUUUUUUAUUUAUUUUAUUUAUUUGCACGUGCGAACAUUGUUACGGCGAAUGUGAAGUUUG